AUGGCGAGCAAACUGCUGGGUGUUGUUGGUAUAUUUAUAAUGGCAAACUACGCUGCCGGCAAUGGGCAGUGUGUGGCCUCCAUCAGAGGGACACCGCGCCCGCGAUGCCCUCCAACUUGGAGCCAGUGGCGAGACAAAUGCUACAAGGUGCAUGACGCUGACGUUACAUGGGAAGAGGGCAUGCAGCAGUGUGUUGAGUUGGGUGGGGUGAUGGUUGUCACUCAAUCUAAAGAAGAGUUACAACACCUUCUCAAGAUGUGCAGCUGCGAUAGGUACUGGAUUGGUUGCAACGACAUUCAAACUGAAGGUACCUGGGUGUGUUUGGGUGAAGGUACUAUUGGCGUAGAUGACAAGAGAUGGUAUGUAACUCAACCAAAUAACCAAUUCGGUGACCAAUCUUGCGUCGAAGUCUUUGUUUAUCCACGAGGCGGCACUUCAGCAGGCUGGCAUGAUAGGGAAUGUCAUCUCCCUCGCAAGUUAAUCUGCCAGCGCCCAACAGUAUCCUCGGCAAUGCUGCACAUGUAA